AUGGUUGAUCAAAUUAAUCAAGCUAUUGAUAUCGUCGUUCCAUGGAUGGAUAAAAUGAAUGACAAGGACGACAACAUUGAGAAAAUCAUCAAUCUAUCUGGCGAUGAAAUAAAUGAACGUCGACCAUUGUAUCAAAUUACGCGAAAAAAAUACCUUAACAUUAUUCGACAACAAUUACAAGCAAACAAUCGUAUUUUAUUACCUACCUAUAAUAUCUGUGCUUAUUAUUCAUGUGAAUUGACUGAUAUGCAACAGAAAGUACAUGAACAUAUGACUCGUACAGGUGCCUAUCGUUUGAUAAUGGAACUUGAUCAAACAAAUCCAUAUUCUUUGGAAGAAUUUUUGAAGAAGAUCAAUAAUGAAAUAAUGAAAAAAUUGAAUGGUUUUUUACAUAAUAAAUUGAUCACCUAUUCACAAUGGGAACAGAUGACUAUCAAUCAAUCGAAUAGUCAACUUAAUACUCUCUACUUUUUACCUGAUACACGUCAAGUAGGUUCAGAUAAACGUGUUAAAGUUUCAUUUCAUCCAAUGGUACGUUGUCAUCAUCACUUAACUAUGAAUACAUCUAAGUUUCUUAGUCGUCUUCUUCAACCCAUAUACAAUCUAGUGACUUAUUCAAAUACAUUCAACACAGAUGCGGAUGUUAUUGAUGCUGUAGAAAAGUAUACUAGGAAAGGUCUUCUUCGAUUCAACACAUUAUUUACUACUUUACACAUUCAUGAUCUAUCUACUAUCGUUCCACAUGGCCAAACUAUAGAUGCAUUGAAACGUUUUCUUGAUGAAUAUGUAUUAGAGAAAAAAAUCGAAGGUAUAACGGUAACAACAAUUAUGGAUCUUGUACAACUCGUUCUUGAAAAUCAAUGUAUCAUAUAUGAAAACAGACUCUAUCAACAAAUUCAAGGAGGUAUUUCGAAUUCACCAUUGACGAUACUAUUAGCGAACAUCUACAUAUUUUAUUGGCAACAAGAUUUAGUGCGUAAUUUACACAAUAAAAAUGAAAUCUUUGGCAGAUGUUUCGAUGAAAUAUUCUUGACAUGGAAUGAUUCUGAACAGCGACUUCAUGAUAUACUUCAAACACUCAAUCGGCAAGUACUGAAUAUUCCAAUCACGAUAUUUAUCAGUAAUGAUGUCAAUUAUCUCGAUCUUAACAUUUGUCAUCUAGAUGGCAAUCUUAAAAUACAAGUAGUUCAUCAAUUAAAUACAGAACCUUAUGCAUUACCUUAUGUCGUUGGUCAUUCACGACACAAAUAUCAUAGUUUAAUUCGAGUAGCUCUUCUACGUGCUACACGCUGUUAUACAUAUGUGUUUGAUUUCGUUAAUGAACUCGAAGAUAUUCAAUUGUCUUUUCAAUACAAUCGAUUCUCUAAUGAUUUUAUCAUUGAUCAAAUUCAAUUAUUUCUUGAAGAGUUUGGUGUGUCACAAAUGAAUGUUCACGGUGGUGAGAAAUUCUAUGAUCAGUCUCUUUAUGAUCAUCUUCGUCAGCAUGUUAUCAAGUAUCAUCAACGAGAAAAAAGAUUGAAACUCAAACGUUGUCGAAAAAUUGUUCAACACCAAUGCAAACAUUCAUACUAUCAAUAA